AUAUAUCUACAUUUUACAAUUUCAGCACAAGUACAGAUUAUUAAAUGAUAUAAUAAGAAUGAUUCGUGGAACUUUUGUGAACCCAACAUUUGAAACGCCUGUACAACGUUUUAAAGUAUUUGACAUUAUGGGAUUUUCAUUGAUUAUAUCAUUAUGACUUUUUGUUUCCAGAUAUUACCAAAAGAAAAUAAUAACAUUUACAUGGUAUUUGCAACUAAUAAAGAAAUAGGUCUACAAAUUCUUCCUAUAGAUGGUAAUCCUUACGCAAGUGUAGCAAUUACUGGACAUCCGUUUCAGAUCACUGGAUUUGCUGUGGAUUGUAAAAAGAGUAUCGUAUUUACUAUGGGAUAUAAAGACUCAUGCGUUUUAAUGUGGAAGAUAAAAUUCAGAUCAGUAAAAAUUAUGAAACGUUUAGGAGGAGAAGGAUUGUCUCCGUUUUAUAGUCUUAUAAAAGGUGGUAAAAAUGGUUGGUUAUUUAAUGAAAUGCAAGAUUUAUUCUACUACGCACAGAUUCUACAACAAGGAGAAAAUACGAUCGAAGCAAGAAAGAUUUCCGAUAUGGCUUCUAUAAAACAAAUACCAAAUUUAAUGCGAGCUGUUGGUUAUUUCCCUAGUAACAAAGAACUGGAAAACAUUUUGUGUGAAGUAUCCUAUAAGAAUUAUGCGGAAACGGGACAAUUAUUGGAGGAAAUUACUUUCGAAGAUUUUGUUAAACUUUACAUCAAUCAUCGGCCUAUAUUUGGAUAUUCUACGAAAGAAAUGAAAAAAGCUUUCGCAAGUUUUUGCGAAAAAAAAUCGGUUAACGACGAAGAUUUAGUUUUAACUCGAGAUCAAUUUAUGAAUAUCUUAUUUGGUACAUACCCAGAGAAAAAUAUCUUGGAAGAUAAACUUCUCGGUGAACCACUGACAUUAGAAGAAGCAUAUACAUACCUAAAACUGCUUAUUCCUUCGGAGGAUGCCAAUAUAGAACAUUUUGCAGAUUCGAAAGGACAAGUAUCUAUAAAUUUCGAUUUUCUACCAUCGAGGAUAUCUUACAAAGAUUUUGUCACGGUUAUUUUGGGUGUUGAUUUGUUGGAGAAGAUGAGGGCUGAGAAUAAAGUUACGUGAUGUUUGCCGCAUUGCCGAUACAAUUUUUUACUCAAUUUUUAUAUACAUUAAGAAAG